CGAUUUUUCGCUUGUCAAUAAUUGUUUUGUCAAUGGCUGCUGCCAUAUUACAAGACUGAAAAUUUCUCUGCAUUAAAUUUGCAAAAGUGUAGUAAAAUACCAAGUUUGGUGGAAUUGUGAGACUGCAAGAUUACUCACAGAGUGUCUUGGCAGGGCGUGACACUCGAGUUUGAUAGGUUAUCGAGGUAAAUUCACAGGAAAAGUGGAAGGAAAGUUUGUGGGUGUCCCUGAAGGAGGGUCGCCUCAAUGAAGUGAACAUUAUAGGCGUGUGCCUGCUGAAAAGGUGUUGCAAAGUGUUGCAGAAUGGGAAAGAGGAAGACUGAUCGCGCUGGCCACUCGGAGAGAUCGCGGAAAGUGGCUAGAUGCGAGAGAAGCGAGGACGAAGAGAGCUCUUCCUCCGCCCCUAAUGACGAUCCGCUGGUUGGCACCAUUUUGGAGGACAUCAAUUUGAAGAAGUGGAAAAUCGGAAAGCCCAUCGAUAAGGGCAGCUUCGGUCAGAUCUAUCUGGCGUCUGAGGAGAUCUUCAAGUCUGUCACUGAUGCCAAUGCCAAGUACGUGGUGAAGAUUGAGCCUCACACGAACGGGCCGCUCUUUGUGGAGAUUCACUGCCUGAUGAACGCCGGAAGGUGCACUCAAGAGGGCCAAGCGCUGCCCGCCGGGAUGCCAAAGUACAUCGCAUCGGGAUCUCAUGUGCUCAGCCGGACGCGCUAUCGCUUCCUGAUUCUCGAGCGCUACACAUUCAAUCUGCACUCGAUCCUGAAGGAGCACCACGUGAUAGACCAGAAGAACAUCCUCGUGAUCGCGUGCCAGAUCCUGGACAUUCUGCAGCAUUUACAUGACACCGGCUAUGCGCACUCGGACAUCAAGGCGGAGAACCUGAUGAUCGGGAAGGAGGUGAAGACUGUGCGCAACUUGCGCGGCACGAACGAAAAUCACCCCAACGGAGUGUUCAAUGAUGACUGCGAGGACUUCCGGUCGCUGCGCAGGGCUGAGAAGAUCACAUACAACCGCCUCACGCGCCGACUGAGACCGCUGAAGAGCAUCAACUACUGCGUGGACGAUUCCGACUCGGACAGCGCGUCCAACUUCUCCGAUGACAUCGACGAGGAGUUCCUGGAGGUGCGCAAGAUGCACAGGACGCCGGCCAAGAAGAGUUCCGCCACGACAAUCACCGUGGAUCGGAUCUACUUGAUAGACUUUGGCCUGGCGUCGAAGUUCCUGGACGCUCAGGGUGUUCACAGGCCAUUCUGCAUCGACCAGCGACGCGCUCACGAUGGCACACUUGAGUUCACAUCGCGCGAUGCUCACAUGGGCGCCCACUCGCGGCGCAGCGAUCUCGAGUGCUUGGGCUACAAUCUGGUAUACUGGAGCGAGGGCUUUCUGCCGUGGAAGCUGGAUCCGGACAUGAAUCAGCAGCAGAAUCUGGAGAGAGUGCACCACAUGAAGGAGCACUUCAUGAUGAACGUGCCGACGAUGCUGGAGCAUGUGUAUGGGAAGAGCGUGCCGAAAUAUCUGGGCACUUAUUUGACUUACGUGGGCAACCUGAUGUACUGCGAGCAGCCGGACUACGGCCACUGCCGUAAGAUCUUCAUGGAUGAGUACAGGCGACUCGGUGGCGCGGAGCUGCAGCUGAAUCUGAGCGAGAUGCGCUCCUCGAAGGCGUUCGAGGGCAGUCGCGUGGCCAAGGUGAUUGAGGGGAAGAUUCGCGACUACAAGCAGCGCCAGGAGGUGGGCUUGAAGGAGACACCGUCGGUGCAUCUGAAGAAUCUGCGCUCGAAGAAGGCCGCCCAUGAGGAGAAGAAUCACGACAAGAGCUACACGUGGACGGACAUCGUGAACACGGAUCCGGAUUUGGUGGUGAAGGACAGAACUGACAGAGAAUUUAGCAUUAAUGAGGAGAUGUCCACGCCGAGUGUCCACAAGUACAGAGGACGUCCCACCUAUGCCAUCAUGGAGAUGGAGAGGAAGAUCUUCGAGCGGUCUGUCUGCAAUGACACCUUCAACGGUUCGCUCUUGAAUGUGACGCAGAAGGGUGGAAAGCGCUUGACUGAGGUGUCGAAGGCACCAGCUGUGGAUGUGCUGCCGGCCAGUGUGCGCGUGAAGCGGCGAAAGUCCGGCCUGCGAACGGUGAUCAAGCCAACGCGGAAGAGUCUGCUGAUUGUGGGCGAAAUUGGUGGGCUGAAGCGCAGAGGACGCGGCAGACCGAGAAAGAAGUUGAGGCAGAUUCUGGAGCAGCAGAAGGGCAAGGUGACGCCGCCCAAGAGGCCAGCGACCAGGAGCAUCCUGAAGCGAAUGGAAGAUCUCGUGACUAUUAAGGGUUCAGGCACUGAGAAGAGACCUACUUAUCGAGGGUAGAGAGAGAGAUGAAGGAGGAGACGAAGGAGUGUUAUUACCACAAGUGAACGACAGAACAAACUACAUGAUUCACAUGAAAU